AUGGACCUAAAGUGCAAGGAUCAAGGCUAAAAAAUAAUAUUAAAAAAAAAGGCUGGACUUAAGUUAAAGAAAGCUCCAUAAUUUCCUGGUAUGUAGAUUUUUGUUAAUUUUAGACAGAGUAUUGACAGAUGCUCUUGUGACACCAUCGACUAAUGUGAGGGAAUCUCGAGAAAGCAAUCUACUUUAAGGAUUAGUAUCACCUAUAGAUGAUGAAAAGACUAAUCAAUUCAACUUUUUCAACUGCAAUUCCCAAAAAUAAUUAGUUACUGUUAAAAAAGUCGAUCCAAUUGAAUAGAUCAAGAGGAUAAUCUCUGAAAAUGAAAGACUAAGAUUAACAAUAAAUUAAAAGCAGAAAAUAAUUGAUACAAGGAUGAAAUAACGAAAAGAAAUACCUGAGCUCUUAUUAUCUUAAAGAAAUUCACGUAGUUUACUAUAACCUCAUGAAAAAUAGAAUACAGCAGAUGAUUAUGGAUACUUUUUAGAUAAACAGUCAAUAUCUUAAAAUUAUAAACGUUCAAUGUUGCCACAGAUUGAAUCUAAAUAAAGUUCACCAAUAACUCGAGAUGAAUGUGCUUUCACAUUUGCGAAUAAUUUCUUUAUAAAAGAACAAAAGGUCUCACCCAAAAAAAUCAAUAUGAUGCAAGCUUUUCCUUAAUUGCAUUUGUAAAGAAAAUUUUUUACUUGA